GACCUGCGCUUGCUGCUUUGAGCGUGCGCUUGCUGCCUCCACCGCGCCUGGGCCCUGAGAUGUGCGGCCGCCGGGUCCGUGCCAGCUGCAGACAUCUGUGGAGAUUACGAAUACUAUGGAACUCAUCAAAAUAUAUCACUGAAGGAUAUGAUGGCUGAAAACAAUUUAAAAAUGCUAAAGAUUGAACAGUGUGUAGUAGCCAACAAACUACCCAGAAACAGGCCAUAUAUUUGCAAUAUUUGCCUCAAGCACUUUGAAACGCCAUCAAAAUUAGCUAGGCAUUACCUCAUUCAUACUGGUCAGAAGCCAUUUGAAUGUGAUGUGUGUCAUAAAACCUUUAGACAACUAGUUCAUCUGGAGAGACAUCAACUAACUCAUAAUCUGCCUUUCAAAUGUACGAUUUGUCAACGCCACUUUAAAAAUCUGAAGACGUUUGUGAAGCACCAACACCUUCACAAUGAAACCUACCAGAAUGAUGUUAAACAGGUCAGAAGACUGUUGGAGGCCAAGCAAGAAAAGCCAGUCUAUGGAAUGUAUCAUACUUUUACUGCAGAGGAGAGACGGGCAUUACACCCGUGUACUAAGUCUGAUCCUACCUACAGCCCUACAAAGAAAAAGAAUAUUCACGCAUGUACAAUCUGUGGCAAGAUGUUUCCGUCACAAUCAAAACUCAAUAGGCAUGCACUUAUUCAUACUGGUCAGAGGCCUUUUAAAUGUGUCCUGUGCAGUAAAUCUUUCCGUCAGUCAACUCAUUUAAAAAUCCACCAACUCACACAUUCAGAAGAAAGACCUUUUCAAUGUUGUUUCUGUCAAAAAGGAUUUAAGAUUCAAAGCAAACUUCUGAAGCAUAAACAAAUCCAUACCAGGAAUAAGACUUUUCAGACUCUUUCAUUAAAGGUGAAGAGUCCGGAGUCGUGCCCCUUGCCUAAUAAAUUAAAUGCAAAGCAGGAUGGUUUUGAAAAUGGUGAUAUAGGUGAAUUUGAUGAGAAUAAUCAACUUGAUGUCCACUCUAUUUAUAUUGUUCCUUUUCAGUGUCCAGAGUGUGAAGAGUGUUUUGAAUCCGAACAGAUUCUCAAUGGACACAAGUGUUUUCCUGCCAGAAGUGUCAAAAUUCCAAGCCGUUUCAAAAGAAGCCUCAACUAUAAAACUAUUGUUAAAAAAAUCUUGGCCAAACUUAAACGUGUCGGGAGUAAGAAAUUAGAUAAUUUUAAAUCUGAGAAAAAAGUAUUUAAAAACGGUUUCUUAAAAAAUUGUGAUCUUAUUCCUGGUGAGCAGAGCCCUGAACAAACCAAGAGAACAUUUAUGGGUUCUCUUGGCAAACAUGGAACAUAUAAGACAGUUGGCAAUAAAACGAAAAGAACAUUGACUCUGCCGUCUUCUUGGCAAAAGCACUUCCAGAGCCAGAAUAUGGGGAAAAACUUGAAAGGCAUCCUUACGACAGAAAACAUGUUAACUGUGGAUAAUUCAAUGAAUAAUAAAGACAUAUCUAUCUGUGGUUCAUCAGGUGAGGAAUUCUUUGAUAACUGUGAAGUGCUUCAGUGUGGUUUUUCAGUUCCAACGGAAAACAUGCAUGUUGGACAUAAGAUGUGUCCUUGUGACAAAUGCGAGAAAGUAUUUCCUUCUAUAUCUAAACUACAAAGACACUAUUUAAUUCAUACUGGACAGAGGCCUUUUGGCUGUAAUGUUUGUGGGAAAUCUUUUAGACAGUCAGCUCACUUAAAAAGACAUAAAUUAACUCAUAUGGAAAAGAUGCCUUAUAGAAGAUCUCUCUGCCAAGUAGAAUUUGACAAUUUGAGCAAACUUUUCAUUCAUCCAGGCGAUAAUGUUAACUAUAAGACUUCCCAACAAUGCCAGACUCUUGGUUUUCAAAAAUGUGAGGUCCCAGAUUCAGAUCAAAUAUCAGAAAUAAAAGUUAAGGCCGAAUCGGAGGAUUUCAUUGUCGGCACCCACGAUAGGAGCAGGCAGCCCUCUCUCGCUAAUGCACUCCUGGAAUCAGAACAGAGCCAUCAUAGUCAUUGUUGUAGUUAUUCAGGACAUACUGAGAAGAAUGAUGGCCUUCUUUACCAAUGCAGUGUUUGUUCUAAAAGUUUUAGAUCCCCAUCUAAACUGGAGAGACACUAUCUAAUUCAUGCAGGGCAGAAGCCAUUCGAGUGCUCAGUUUGUGGCAAAACAUUCAGACAGGCCCCUCACUGGAAGAGACAUCAACUUACUCACUUUAAGGAACGACCACAAGAAAAAGUGGUUGUCUUAAAUUCGGUUAUGUAACUGACAGAGCCACUAACAUUUGUGGUCUCUCUGGUGAUCUUGUUCUUAAAGCCUGUGCAUUUAAAAUGGGUUUUCAUCAAAAGGCCUGCAUUAGGUUGAAUGAUUUUUAUAGGCAGUUGCUUGUCCUGCACAGUAAGAUAGGAUACAUAGAAAAUUAAGACAAUGUUUUAGGAACAGCCGUAUUUUUAGAGGGAAGAACAUGAUUUGAUGCUAUAAAGUAAGCAUCUAUUUUAUUGUAAUAUAUACUUUGGCUUUAUUGGAAUCCAUUUGUUGUAAAUCCAUGAUGCGGUACAAACAUUAAUUUUUUAAAGGAAUUAUUCCUUAAGACAUGUCAUCUUUUAGAAAUAGUCAAAAACUGAGAGGCAAAAAGUGGAUUUUGGCUGCAGCAAAUAGCUCCAUGAUGUUUCAUUUAUUUUACAUUUCAUGUGAAAGUACAAUUUUGUUCACCUAUGGCUCAAAUUCCAUUGCAAAGUUUUUUCCUAUAAGUUUAAAAAACAUAAAGACAAUAAAAGUGAAAAUGGAUGAGAAAAUCAGCAUUAUUUUCACUGGUAUUUUCUGCUACUUAUUCUUAGGAUUCUGUGGUAGCUUCACCUCCUUUUUCACAGGUGAUUACCUUCACUUUCUGCCCAACCUGCUGUUGUCUUUCCCAAAGUAAUGUAAAAGUAGCAGGGAGGCUAGGAUACACUUCACACAUUUACAUAUUUGUUUAUCAGGAAUAUUGUCCAAGUGCCAUAAUCUUUUUGAUGAUAUGUAUGCAGUGUUAUCUUUUCAGAGCAAUAAAUGUAAUUCAUCUAUUUAAUUUUUACAUUUACUUCAGGAAAACUUCCUUUUAAUGCCUCUAUUUUUUUUCUUCUUAUUUCUUUCAUUUAAUGCUUCUUUAACUGAGUGGUCCUAUGACUUAACUAAAUAUCCUGUUAAGUCUGAUCAAAAUGCAAUGACUAGGUCUGGUUAUAGUUUUUAUUCCUCUAUUUUUUUUUUUUUACAAUAUUCUAAUGUGAAAGAAUGUUAUUGUGAUCUUUAGUAAAUUGUUAUUUUAAUUAGUAAAGCAAUUAUUCCUGUAUAGGAAUAAGAUGCCUAUAGAAUUGAAGGUGUCGUUCUAAACAAUACUGUCAUGAUUUGGGUAAUAUUUCAUCUUAAAUUAUAAAGACUUCUAAUCACAAUUGCCCUUCAUAGUUGCCAUUUUUAAUAACAUUUUUAAGAAUAGCAUUUUCUAGCAAAAAACAAACAAAAAAACCAUUACCUAUUUAAGGUGAAAAGUCCAGAUGGGUAUUGUAGCUCACUUAUUCAGUGACAAACCCUCUACUGAGAAUGGAUAGAUGAACAAUUGUAAGUUUUGCAUCUACUCAAUGAACUGUGUGAAAAGGGAGGGGUUGAUCUGCUUACGUGUUUUACAGAUGAAUUUUGAGAAACCUGGGUUUCAUUUACCGAGAUGAAACAACAGUACAGAUAAAAUCCCCAGUGAUGUACAAAUGUGUAGGAGAAUUAUGUUUUAAAGAAUAAAUUCUCUUAGGUUUCCUUGACAUAAGUUCCCACAGUGCAAGCAAGAUGGCUUAUAGAAUUUGCUUUAGGCAAACUUCUCAAGAACACAUCUAUUACAUUAAAGCAAGUAAUAACAAGUUCAUAUUUUCUAAGAAUAAAGGUUCAAGGGUGCCCCCCCCCAAUAUGUCUGAAAUUAUGUAUUAGGGGAUUUUCCUAAGCUACUGAUACAAUUUUAUUUGAAGUAAAUGUCUCAUGUACUCCUUUCCCAGUCCAAACAGGGAAAGUUCUUAACCGUGUUGUGCUUGUAGGAUUAUUAGACUUUAUUUGCCUCAGUGAUACUAUACUUCUUUUGGCCCAUGCCUUUUUAAACUGUUUCAUAUUGAAAGUUGGAAUAUUGUAAAAAUUUUGUCAAAGAUGUACUGUAGUGCUAUUUGAAGUACCUGUAACAAAAUACUGACCUUUCCUAUCACUAUAAGCUUCUUGUGGAAACUAUAGGAGUGAAAAUAAACUGUAUACAUCUAUGAUAAGAUUAAACAUUAGAGAGUAAAUAAUUUGCUGCAUGCCAGAAUGGUUAGUGUUAUUGAAUCAAUUACUUUGGUUUUCUGAAAAAAUAAACCUUAAAGAGAACUAGAAGAAAUUUUUCUUUGGGUGAUUCCAGUCUGUAACAUGAUCAUUUACAGAAGUAAUUUGAUUGCCUUAGUGGAAUUGUUUCUUGUUUUCUAUUGCACUAGGUUCUAUAAUUUUAGGACGAAAAGUGUAUUUACUGAAGAAAAGUAGGUGGUGGU